UCCAAUCAUAUUUUAUGUAUGUAACAUCUUUGUGAUAGAAAUGUGACUGGAUUCUCUUAUACAUACGUUUUGCAGCUAUUUUAUUUCAAGAUUCCUAACCUCUCGCCUGUUGACAGUAUCAUGCGAAUAGUGAUAACUUAUAAAUCAAGAUUUUCUUAUUAGAAGAAAAUCUCGAGAAAUGGCAAGCGAGGAAGUAUAUAAUCGAGAGGCCAAUAAGAAACUGCAGCCCAUAUUUAAAAAUCGUUCGUUUCAACAAAAAUUUCGACAAACUAGCACCACUGGGAAGAAACGCACUUGGCGAUCGUUGAAACAAGUCUUGGCUCAAGAACGUUCAUUACCAUGGCCAAUGACAAUAAAACAUUAUAGUUCCAUCAACGCACCGCCGAGCUUCAAACCUGCAAAAAAAUACUCUGACAUUUCUGGAUUGCCAGCACGAUACACGGAUCCACAAACUAAAUUGUAUUAUGCCACCGCUGAAGAAUUUGCAACGGUUCGCAGUUUACCGAUGGACAUAACAGCCGGAUAUUUGGCUUUACGCGGAGCGUCUAGUAUCGUUGGUUAAAUAAUUUGAUAUUCAACAUAGCCUAGCAGUUGUGACUACAUCUUGACCUAUAUACCGUCUGGCAAUGCAAUUCAAUCACCCAGUGAUCUUACAAGAGUUUACAAUUUAUAUUUUAAAUAUAUAAACAUCUAUACAUUUUGCAAUAUGUUGCUUUUAACAUCCUCAAGUUUCCUUCUCAUUCACAUACACGAAGAACAGGGAUACAUCAAUGGGGAUGGAGUGUUAGACGGA